UACUCAUCUCUCAGAAGUGAAAGAUGUCUGACGACAAGAAGGAUCUGGUCCACCCUGGUGACCUAAUAGCCGCGGUCAAGGGCAUCUUUGGCCCCAACGCGCGCCUCCUCGACUGGCAGGUAAAGCAAGGCACGGAGACGGUGCAAGGUUUCGCCUCCCUCAUGCUCAGGGCCAAGGUAAAGGUUCAGGAUAACAACGGACCCGCCCCCAUCGAGCGAGAGGCCAACCUGAUGGUCAAAAGACCACCGACCGUGGCCGCCCACGCCGCCAUGUUGAACACCAUGGGCAACAUCGUGGAGAGAGAAGCCCUCUUCUUCAACACGGCUCUUCCCAUCUUAAAGGAGAGGUGUCCUGAGUUGCCGGUGGUCAAGCCCUUGGUGUGUCACCAGGACGCAAUUUUGAUGGAGGACCUGUGUGACCUUGGCUUCGAGACCCUGGCAAAGAACUUCAGCGACAUGGCGAAAGGUGAAGUCCUGACAUAUCCCAUUGCCAGGAUGUGCUUCAGGAAUCUAGCCAAGCUCCACGCUGCCUCUCUGGGCACUGACUGGAGAGCAGUCAUGCCUGCAGGAUUCUUUGAUCUCGACACCCUGAUGGAAGGUAUGGCCGGAGAGCAGUUCAGAAUGAUGAUUUUCGGUUCCAUCCAGGCUUCCAUCAUUCCUCUCAUGCGCAAAACCAAAGCAGACAUGCCUGAUUUGGAUAAGUAUAUCGAGUACAUGCAGAGCCCUCAGUUGUUCGCCAACAUGAUUCCCUUCCUCAAGUACGAUGAAAAGCAGGGGCCCAACCUCCUUCUACACGCAGACUGUCACGUCAACAACACCAUGUACAGGCUAGACGAGACCAACAAGCCUCUAGAUAUGCGAUUCAUCGACUUCCAGAUCCUCAGGUACGCCCCUCCCUACACCGAUCUAGUAAACUUCUUGUACACAGGAACCAGCCAGCCCUUCAGAGCCCAGCACGAGAAAGACCUUGUCCGGGCGUACGUAGAGGCAUUCAACGCCGCGGCCAACGUGACCCCUGACCUUCUGGACUUUGAAACUUUCUACGCCGGAUUCGACAAGGCGCGGUACUACGGGGUGGUGUUUGCCAUGGGCAUCAGACCCAUGAUGUUGGCGUCGCAGUUCCAGCCUGAGAUGACUGAAGUUACCGAAGAGUUAUUGAUCGAGAUGCAAACUGCUGAUAAGACUGCGCCGACGAUGAACGCCUUUGAAAAUGAUCCGAGUUUCCGAAGAGAGAUGGAGGAAUUAAUCGACCACGCGAUCCAAGUCAUGAAGAGAUACGUCUACCCUGAGUAAUCUGAAGAAGGAAUUAAUGAUGCAUUUCUUAAUCAACUUGAUAUUUGUUAAAUGUUAAGAAAAUUAGAAAAUUGAUCAUUAUGAUUUUAGACAAAAAUAAAAAAUAACAAAAUUGAUAUAUUAAAUUUCGUAU